AUGUUGGGGUAUCGAGAUGCAUGGCUUAUAGAGCAAAGGCCAAUUAUUGGACUUGAUGGUGCGUUUUUGAAAGGAAGAUAUGGUGGUGAAUUAUUAACUGCUGUUGGUAGAGAUGCAAAUGAUCAAAUGUUACCUCUAGCUUAUGUCGUGGUGGAGGUAGAAAACAAGGAUACGUGGAAAUGGUUUCUUGAACUUGUUGUUGAAGAUCUUGGUGGGGAGGAAGUGAGUUCAUCAUUUACAUUGAUGUNGGAUCNGCAAAAGGGACUACUGCAAGCUAUACAAGAAGUGGUGCCUCGAGUUGAUCAANGUUUCUGUGUUAGGCACCUAUACGCUAAUUUUAGAAAGAAAUUCCCUGGAAAACAACUUAAGCGUUUGAUGUGGAAGGCAGCAUCAACAACUCAACCACAAGCAUGGGAAUCAGAAAUGAGAAAUAUUAAACAAAUAAAUGAUGAAGCCUAUAAAUACUUGAUGAAAAUUCCUCCCAGACACUGGUCACGUUCAAGAUUUAGCACCGUACCUCGAUGUGAUACGUUGGUCAACAACAUGUCUGAGGCUUUCAAUAGUGUUUUACUGCAUACAAGGACGAAACCAACCAUAAGCAUGUUGGAGGACAUUCGCAUAUACUUGAUGAAGAGAUGGGCAACUAACAGGAGUAAAAUACAAUCAUUUUCUGGGGACAUUUGUCCUAAAAUCAAAACUAGGCUAAACAAGGAGUCUCUGUUAACUAAACACUGGAUUCCAUGCUGGUCAGGACAGAAGCUUUUUGAAGUGCGCCAUGUCUCCCAAGCUGGUGACAAGUUUGUUGUCAAUUUAGAUGAACAUUCGUGUACAUGCAGGAAGUGGGCUAUCAGUGGCGUACCAUGUUGCCACUCUUUGAGUGCUAUUAAAUUCCUAAAUCUACAACCAGAGGAAUUCAUACCAUGCUACUUUAGGAAGACAACAUAUGAAGAAACUUACAAUCCAAUUGUGUAUCCAAUUAAUGGUCAGAACAUGUGGGAGAUUACCCCAUAUGUUGAUGUGUUGCCUCCACAAAAAAGAUAA